AUGUCUACUCCUAACCCUAAAGCAUUCCCCUUAGCUGACUCCACUCUCUCCCAGCAAAUCUUGGACGUCGUCCAACAAGCUCAGAACUUGAGACAGCUCAAGAAAGGAGCUAACGAAGCCACUAAGACUCUGAACAGAGGUAUAUCUGAAUUCAUUGUUAUGGCUGCUGAUACCGAGCCAAUUGAAAUUCUUCUUCAUUUACCUUUAUUGUGUGAGGAUAAGAACGUCCCUUACGUUUUUGUUCCCUCCCGAACUGCUUUAGGUAGAGCUUGUGGUGUAUCGAGACCUGUAAUUGCAGCCUCUGUCACUACAAACGAUGCCUCUGCUAUCAAGAAUCAAAUUUACUCCAUUAAGGACAAGAUCGAACUGUUGUUGAUCUAA